GCCGGGCUUCUGGUGGCUCCGCGUUGUCGUUGUUGUCCCCCGGAUCCGGGCGUCUUCGGGGGCCCCGGCGAUGGCGGCGCGGGACCCGGGGGCGAUGGAGAGCGGCCCCCUGCAGACGGGGCUGCACCGGGGGAAGCUGCAGUGCCGCAACCUGCAGGAGUUCCUGGGGGGCCUGAGCCCCGGGAUCCUGGACCGGCUCUACGGACACCCCGCCACCUGCCUCGCCGUCUUCCGGGAGCUCCCGUCCCUGGCCAAAAACUGGGUCAUGCGAAUGUUAUUCCUGGAGCAGCCGCUGCCCCAGGCCGCCGUGGCUCUGUGGGUGAAGAAGGAGUUCAGCAAAGCUCAGGAGGAGAGCACGGGCCUGCUGAGCCGCCUCCGCCUCUGGCACACGCAGCAGCUCCCCGGCGGCCUCCAGGGCUUCAUCCUGAACCCCAUCUUCCGCCAGAACCUGCGCGUCGCCCUCCUGGGUGGGGGCCAAGCUUGGUCAGACGACACAAGCCAGCUGGGCCCAGACAAACACGCCAGGGACGUCCCGUCGCUGGACAAGUACGCCGAGGAGCGGUGGGAGGUCAUCCUGCACUUCAUGGUCGGAUCCCCCAGUGCCGCCGUCAGCCAAGACCUGGCCCAGCUCCUCAGCCAGGCCGGGCUCAUGAAGAGCUCAGAGCCCGGGGACCCCCCAUGCAUCACCUCCGCUGGCUUCCAGUUCCUGCUGCUGGACACCCCUGCCCAGCUCUGGUACUUCAUGCUGCAGUACCUGCAGACCGCCCAGACCCGUGGCAUGGACCUGGUCGAGAUUCUGUCCUUCCUCUUCCAGCUCAGCUUCUCCACCCUGGGCAAGGACUACUCGGUGGAGGGGAUGAGUGACUCCCUGCUCAGCUUCCUCCAGCAUCUGCGGGAGUUUGGCCUGGUCUUCCAGAGGAAGAGGAAGUCCCGCCGGUACUACCCGACCCGUCUGGCCAUCAACCUGUCGUCGGGUGUGUCCGGGGCAACGGGCACUGCCCACCAGCCUGGCUUUAUUGUCGUGGAGACCAACUACCGACUGUAUGCCUACACCGAGUCAGAGCUGCAGAUCGCCCUGAUCGCCCUGUUCUCGGAGAUGCUGUACCGCUUCCCCAACAUGGUGGUGGCCCAGGUGACCCGGGAGAGCGUGCAGCAGGCCAUCGCCAGCGGCAUCACCGCCCAGCAGAUCAUACACUUCCUGAGGACGCGGGCCCAUCCAGUGAUGCUGAAACAGAACCCCGUGCUGCCCCCCACCAUCACCGACCAGAUCCGGCUGUGGGAGCUGGAGAGGGACCGCCUGCGGUUCUCAGAGGGAGUCCUGUACAACCAGUUCCUGAGCCAGGUGGACUUUGAGCUGCUGCUGUCCCACGCCCGGGAGCUGGGCGUCCUGGUCUUCGAAAACCCUGCCAAGCGGCUUAUCGUGGUCACCCCGGCCGGCCACGGCGACGUCAAGCGCUUCUGGAAGCGGCAGAAGAACAGCUCCUGAGGGGGCUGGGAGAUGCGGCGGGGACCGAGGCUCGAUCUUCCCUAGGCCUCAGGAACGGACAUCAGGGGGGCCACGGCGCCGAGGGGCGGGAGCUGGGAGCGAUUGGAGUUGGGAUACACCAACUCGGGCGGACGGCCGUCCCCUCCUCACCUCCCCGGCAGACGCUGGUUGGCGCUCUUCCCUCAGGACUCUGGAAAUUUUUUCAGGUUUUUUUUUUAAAUCUUCAAUAAAGUUGU